AUGAAACGUCAGCAAUCAGUGAUGGUUGAAUUCAUUGAUGGCAAUGGCUACACCGAAGAGUUCAUUGAGUUCUAUGAGACAAAAAAGCUGGGUAGUGUUUCUUUGAGCUACUUGGCUUCAGAUGAAAAGCCACCUCGUGAUGAAAAGGGCGAUGACUAUUUCCAGAAAGGAGUACUAACAGUGGAUGUCAGUCAGGAAAUCGUCAUCACCAAAAAGAAGUAUGGAAAGAAAGGCUCGGUCAGUUUCAGGUGUGAAAUCACUUGGAAGUUUGGAAUGUUGCGUGGCUUAGUCUUUGACCGAUGGUGGAUUGCCAAGAACGACCAAGUCUUCUACAACGACCCCAACUAUACACAGGUCAUUCAUCCAAACCUCACCUUCGCUCAGAAUGGUGUUGUUGAUGGCACCACGGUCUUUUUCAAGUUGAGUGGAUUGAUGGGAGGUAGAAAGAGGGCUCAUUCACCCAAUCCAUCCAAGACUGCCAACACCAACAUCACUGCCAAUGUCAAGAACAAGGAUGAGGCAUUGAAUCUUUUAGAAGAUGCUCUAGGAACUUCGUCAAUGAGGCUUCAGGCAAAUCCAAAUGCAAGUCCAGUCAUCACGACCAUUGCGGAUAAGGUGGCUAAGUUGCUUCUUGUGGUGAAGACCCAGUCCAUUAGCCUUGGGGAAAUCCUAAGUUUUGAUGACAUCUUUGAAGAGUUCAUCAUUGAGGUUCAACAGGAUUUGAAGACUAAAGAGGAGAAGGCCCCCAUGCUGCGCUUGAUCGUUUUAGCUGGGCUCCUUUGUGACCACAGCGAUGGAUGGUGGUUCAAGGGGAACACGACUGCAGCUCCACCGCCUGAGACGUCCUGGGAGAAGUUCUGGGAGCGCUGGCUGGAGAUGACUGAGGCGACUGGUCAGUGGAAGGACUGGGGCGGCCGAGCUUUUGCUGAUGCCCAGAGUUGGGCGGAGCGCAUUGAGGUACCCAAGGUGGAGGUCGGUUUCAAUUUGUGGCUGGUCAUAGACACCUUGGUGGGAUUCUUAGGCUGGGCCAUCUUCGGAAACGCAUGGCAGGGUGUCAGGUCAGGUUGUCGUAGGCUUCUGCAGAUAAGUGCACUCUUUGUAGCUUGCCUUGUUGCACAUUACAUUUGGGCUGUUGGCUACCCUGUGGUGUCAAUCAUCGUUGCAUGUGUGAUGGCGGUGAUUUGGGUUUGCAGAAGAGUUUUACGACUGGUAGGGACACUGAUUUUUCACAUGCAUCGUUUUGCUGGAGGGGCUCCAGAAGCUGCGGACGUGGAGUUCCACGGCCCUGGAACGGGAGUGGUGCCGGAGACCUCGGUCUUACGUGGCUUCAAGAGGACAGGGGAUGCUUCCAAACAGGUGGUGGUGAGGCGUGGAGACGAGGUAGCUGUCUUUAAUGUCGGGAGCGAUGUUCAGAACAUCCGGACACAUGGACUUUUCUUGCCUGUCGAAGCUGACACAGCACGUGGAUCACCUGGUUUGGUUAGACGGAUCUCCGCCGUUGACAAGGUUCACCUUUGCCGCAAUGUGGUCUGCGGAGAAGAGGUGGGGGAGCACUUCACUGAGUAUGGCGUCGUACGUCGCUUCAACCCGGAGAAGUUCCAGGUGGCUCAUUCACAUCAGGGUGCGAUGGAAGCUACAAGAGGCAUUUGGCGUUGGAUCCUGCCGAAAGGAAAGCAGACGGUCGCCGAUGUCGUCACCCGCAUCAGAGAGUACGCAUCUGAAUCUGAAACUGAGGAACAUCUCUGUUGCGCCAGUCGAGUGUCAUGGAAGACGGCCGAUGGUGUACAGUUCUUAGCUGAUUCACGUUGUACAGCCGUAGAUCGGGCUGAAGUGGAGGAGGAUACACCUACCCGACGCUCACGGUCAAGAUCGAGGGCCAGACCAGCGAAGGGCGAGGCUGCGCGAGGUAUGGAUCAAGAAGCAGAUGAUGAGGAUGAUGAGGAAAACGGUCCUUCGAAGGUUAGGACCUUGUUGGAUGAGGCCGCUGACGCUGCCGACAGUCGCAGGCAGCGAAAAAGGGCUUCCACCAGAUCUCCUGGUCACACCCCAAGAUCCAACAUUCAACGGAGCCUUGCCAGGAUUGAGAUGCUUAGCUCGCCGGGAUCUGAGGCCGAGGUCAAGUUGCUGGAGGCGUUCAUGGAAUGGUUUGCAGAAGGAAAGGCUGACGGCGUGAAAGAGGAGCAUGUGAGGAGAAGAUUGGCGAGAGAGAGGUUGAUGACAGACCAGGAUGUUGUGAGAAGGCUUAUUGAGGAGGCCGAGUGCGAGCAAGCCAAAGGCCAGAGGGGCCUGACCAGGUUCAUCAACAAGUGGAAGAAGGAGGUCAAGGAUGGGAGCACACCAGGUGAGAAGCAGGAGUCGGAUUGGAGUUUCUUGACAUCACCACAGUCAAGUGCAGAUGCUCGCCAGUGCCCUCCACCAAUUCCACCAUCCUUCACAGCCCCUGUUCCAGACCCGGGCGGGGAAAGGUAUGAGGAGAAGCCGGUAGCCGCGGAGAGGAGCUUCGACACCCCGCCAUCGAGUGUGCAGGAGGCCAAGCCCAAGGAGCUGAGGAUUUUGCCGCCUGGACUUUAUCAACCCGGAGACCGUAAGGCAGGAGCUGGCGAAGCUACCGAGAGGACGGUAGAGCCGGUGGAGCAGAUCGCGAAGGCUUUACAAAGUCAGACUGCUGAAUUGGCCAGCCUUGUCCGACAUCAAGCAGAAGGUGGAGGGUCGCAACCCCCUGGAACUUUGAAAGGUCUUGGAAAACAGUCGGAGGAGCUGGUGUUUUUGAUGAGGGCCUGCGGACAGUAUGAAGUGAAGGUUGGAGAAGGGGAGCAUGGGCAGGCCUUGGCCAACGGUUUGAUUGCAGCCCAGGUUGGGGCGGCCACCAGACUCAGGACGGCGGGGUUUCGUCAGAAGAUGACGCAACGGCUUGCAAUCGGUCUGGCCGGACCCUUUUGGGGCGUGCACGAACGCCACGCUCUUUCGGCUGCGGACUUCAUUGGCUACACUGACGCGGAGCUGGACCAGUUUGCUUCGGAGGCACGAGGAGCAAAGAGCACUUCGGAGCAGCGCCCACCUGUCCCAACCAGGUUUGAUGAAUGGGUGGCCAGGGUCAGGAGGCAAACGGAUGUUUGGUGUUUGGUCUAUGGAUCCGAAUGGAGGGCAGUGAGGACCAACGCCUUGGAGCUUCUUUCAGAGUGGCACUUGAGUUCACCCCAUCGGUGGCCGUUGGCAGUUGUCAUGGAUCUUUGGGAAGAACUCCAUUGGCGGUGCAUGGAGGACUUCAAGGAUAUCCUGAGGAAGCUGAAGAAGGAGGUAGGAAGGGAGACCAUGACGUUGGCCGAGCUGAAGUUCCACGCACUCCUACCUGGACCGGAUGGUCAAGCCUGGCUGGUGAUGCCGAGCGUUUUUGAUCUUCAACGCCCUGGGUCAUGGUUUCAGGAGGAGGUGUUGCCCAGGAUCGAAAGACGGCAAGAACGACUCUUGUGGCACCUCACGUGGCAAGGAGGACAGAGGCGAGAUCGACCACAAGCUCAAGUUCCCAAUGCAGCUGCUGGAGGGACAGACAUCGACAAGCUCACCUUGAAGAACCUGUGGGGCCCGAAGCUGACCACCGAGGAGGUGAACAGAGCCAAAGAGAGAGCCCCGUUGGACAGGUCACAUGAUGGUUUGAGGGGCCCCUUUGAAGCGUUGGAUCCAGCCGUGCAGAUGCAGUUGCUCAAGAGGGGCGGCCUUAAGAGGAUGAAGGCAGAGACAAAGGAGAGCGUUGGCGUCAAGAUCAAGGACCUUCGCACCAAGGUUGAGAAGGACAAAGGUGACAAAAUUCAGGAUGGAAAGCGCAGAACCACCAAAGCAGGCCAAGGCCAGGGCAAUGGUGAGAGCAAGCCAGCUGAGGAUCAGGAGGACGUCGGGUCGAAGGCAGGUGGAAUGGUUGAGAAGACGGUCAGGUUUUGGGAGCCACCAGAGGAGUUCAAGGUCGACUAUACUGAGGCCGAGGAUGUGAAGGCUUUGGUUGAAGGGCCACCCAAAGACUGGGGCAAUGAGGGCAUGCGACCCGACAAACAACAUGCAGGUCAACAAGGACAGAGCGCCCCAGAAGAGGCACACCGUCUGGUGAAGGAAGCCCAGAGGCUAGCAGGGAAUCCGGUUUUGAAGAGACUUGAAGGGGCAUCGGACGACCUAUACGCCUGGGCUGCUGCACGUGUCGCGCGAGAUCCAGCUCUUCACUACGAUCAAGUCCUCAUUGAAAUGGCGACAUAUGGGUUGGGGGAGCUUGCCAAGGAGGCCGCCGACCUGUUGGAGGAGGACAGAGGGCCGAAGGCGGGAUCCUCACGCCUAACAGUGCAGGAUGCUGUUUGGAGUGGCGGAGGACCUGGAGAAGGGAAGCUCUAUCUCGACGGCAGUGAGUGGAAGUUCUUGGACUACAAGGAAGAAGUCUAUAUGACAGAAGAGCUGGCCGCUCUGCUGAAGUUGCCAGAGCCCGUGAAGGAGAAGCGUCAGUGCGUUACUUCGACCUUGGCGGCAGCUGUCUUCAAGAAACAGUAUGGCAGAUGGCCUGGCAUGGGAGAGGCCCAACAGGUCGCGCAGAGGAUCAGGUUGGAACAGACCCGCCUUGCUGCAGAAGCUGCGGUCAGUUUGGGUGAGCCAGAGGAGAUGGUCUCGGCAGUCGAACAUGAGGCUAGGAUCUACGUCCAUGACCUCGUGACCGCCCACCAUGAGAAGGAUUUCCGGUGCUUGGCUAUGUUUCCGGUCGCCGAUCUACAAGAGGCAAGGAUUGUUGUCUUCAGAACAGACUUCAAAGGAGGCUUGCUGGUCGAGAGCGUGGUGGGCAGCCAAUGGGCUCCAGGAGGAUGGACGAUCCCUGUCCUCAUUUGGAAAGGCCAUAUGGUUGUCUUGGAGCCUCCGGAGAAUGUGGAUGUGACGGCCUUCUUGGAUGAUGAGGAGCAUACAGCAACACCUGCGUUUGGCUUCACUUUCUUCUGGCACUCCAGACAUGAUCAACCUCGGACAGCACCAGGACGCCUUCACUGCCGGUUGUGCAAGGGCGCCAUGAGGAAGGCAGGAGAAGCGCCACUGUGUCGUCCCAAGAGCUGCCUUGCCAUGAUAGCGACGAUGGGCCCGCAAGGUCAGGAUGAGACACAAGUCUUGAGAGGAGUUGCACCGGUGUCGUCAUCGAGUACCUCCAAUGGCCUGGUGUUGCAGGAGGUGUUUGCAGGUUACAGGAGGGAGCAUGACUUGCUCAAGGAGGAUGUGAGGCAGAAGGUCAAAGACAAGUCAAAGCACGGUGACGCAAACGUGUGGUGGAUUGCUGCCCCAUGCACCAGCUUUUGUGAUUGGCAACUUGAAAACGGAGGAACACGGACGUUUGCUCAACCAGAAGGCACAGGCGAAGGACCGCUUGGCCAAAGGGAGCAGGAGGGCAAUACGUUGUCUACGUUCUCGGCGGAGCUCUUUGAGGAGGCCUUGGAUCAUGGCCAAUUUCCCAUCUGCGAGUCAACGGCGGCAAGUGGUCGGUACCCGAAACAAUGGGAUCUACCAGCCUGGCGCCGGGUGUUGAGCAGAGAAGAUGUCGACUACAUCGACUUCCCGAUGUGCCCCUUUGGGCUGGGCCCUCCGGACGACCCCACGGCAUUCUAUGUGCACAAGACCAGGUUGGUUUUUCCCAAACAUUGGCCGCUUCGACAGGUUCUUCUUCGUCAAUGUCCUGGCUUGAGUUCCAAACACCGACACGUUGGUCUACGAGGGCAAAGGCAAGGCCAAACAGUGACGAGAUGUACGGAAGCUGGGGCCUAUGCAUGGGAGUUUGUCACCACGGUCGGCUUUGCAAUCUUCUUUGGGGGGGGGAGGUUUUUUACACCACAGCAACCCCGGGAGAAGGAUGUGCACGCUGGAGGCAAAAGGGGACGUGAUGAUGAAGAGAGCGGAGGACCGGCAAAGGGUUCACAUGAUGCAGGAAGAGGAGGAAACCGCAAUGUAUAUGAGGACCUCGACGAGGACACCAAAGAGUUUCUGGAGUUUGCUUGCGAGGAAGAAGACCUAGAAAGGCUGAGGCGAACCGGGAGGUUAGGGAAGGAGACGAGCCAUGAGCAACAGGACGACUCAGAGGACACCAGUGUCGAGGACCCUCUUCCUCCGAACGAGACCAUCGAGCAGUUUUUGGAUGAGGUUGUUCCCCACCCAGGGGACCUUGAGGAGGACGAGGGUGCUGAAGGUGAAGCCACCGAAAGGAGUCGGCACGAAGGAGAUGGCAGGUCAGACAGGAGUCAUGGAUCCUCUGGGGAGGAAACUGACAGGAACGACAUCGGCCUUGAGUCCGAGAGUGAGGGUGCACUGUCUACGUGCUCCAGAAGGAGCAGAGACCUUGACGUAGAGGAGAGUGCGCAGGUGAGCUCGAGGAGUGGGGCCUAUCAAGCUACAGGAGACCCUGAGGUGAGCGACUUCUGGAAGGUGAUCUACAACCGACCCUACAAGCGUGUCAAUGUCGGUUAUGGAGAGUGGUGUGGUUUCACCUUCUUCAAGCUGCUUGGUGGGCCUGAUGAGCAACAGGCCGGGGAUGGAGACCCUGAUGACUUCAAUGAUUACUCCCCCGAUGAUGAGGAUGCAGAUGCACCCGAUCCGGAAGGGGCAGAGGCCACGGAACCUGAGGACGCAGAGCAUAGAGAUCCGGGGACUUCAAAUGAGGAGGCCACGGGCCGCAGAGGAGCAGGUGCCACCGAACCCAAUGCCACAGACCACAGAGGCGCGGUUGCCACAGACCACAAGGCAGGUGAGGCGGCGGAUGGAGCCACAGACCACAAUCAGGAUGGAAAGGGCACAGACCACAAGCGGGAUAAGGGCAGUGAGUAUGUGUACUUGGCCCCAUCGGCCGAAGCCUAUGAUGCAGCGCUGUCCUAUGUGGAGAGCGUUGACAAGGAAUUUGACAACACAGUCCUGGGAUGGCAGAGUUUGGUGGACAAGGGCAACAGGUUGGUUCGAAGCGCGGGCAGUGUCGAGAAGGCGGCAGAGAGCCUGUGGCAUGUCCGGGAAGACAAGGGCUUGAUGAACCUCAGCGGCAUAGAUCGAGAGGAGUUUGAGGAGGUGCUUCACCCGGAUCUGCUGCAGUACCUCAGGUCAAUCCGGAAGGAGGGCAUGCCAGCACGGUAUGUCGGGAGCCGGCACAGAGUGAAGGCAAAGCUCCACCCGAAUGCGCGACGCAAUGUGGAUCAGGUCUAUCACCAGGUCGCCAAGGACGUGAAGAAGCACAGAGCGUUGGUUGUCGAUGGAGAGCUAGAGGAGCUGAGUACCACGGUCUCUUCACCUUUUGAGGCAGUCGACAAGCUUCUCCCUGACCGGUCCAUCAGCAAGGAAAAGCGCAUCGUGCACGAUCAGAGGACGAUCAACCAAGGGACAUCAAAGUUUUGGCACCCACCUGCACUUCAACCGAUGCAUGUCCAAGUGGCUCGAAGGGUGAUGUGGAUGAAAAGCCGCUACCCAGGUGUGCCGAUCCUAAUGUCAAAGAAGGACAUUGCGGGAGCAUUCAGGCUUAUCUGGGUAGCACCUUGCGACGUCGAGCUCUUCGCUGGGGAUUUGCCAUGGCAACCUGACCGAGCCUUUGGAGAAGACUACAAAGGAGCAACCUCGCCGACGAAGGGCGACAUCACGGUCAUCUACCUUGUCUCCAGUUUCGGGUUUUCAGGAUCACCCGGAGAGUGGACCAUGUGGGGCAGAGCCACGGAGGAGUACCAUCGAGGGCACCGACCUAUGGAUCCGAGGAGGGACCUCAAUUUGGGCUUUGACGCGAAGGUGUUGGUCGAUGACUGCAUUCUCAUCGAACCCUGGAUCGGCUACAGACCCUGGGUUAGUGCGGAAGUGUUUGAGGACGGAGUGAGGAAGAUGCUGGGCGACAAGGCCAUCAACCAGGACAAGGAUGGCGUAGAAGGUAUGUUCCGCACUUCGCAGACUGUGUGGGGAGUGAUCAUGGAGACGGACACCGAGAAGGCCAUGUUGCCGGAAAGGAGGAUCACCAAAGGAGCAGUCCUAUUGUCGGAGGCGUGCUUCGACUUCGGGUGCUACCACAUCACGCUCAAGCAGAUGCAGCAAUUCAGAGGCAUCAUGACCGGAUGGGCGUCCAUUGUGCAAGGGCUGGCCAAUGAGCUUAAGGUCAACCUGAAAGGCGAUGGCACCCCGAGUUGGGAGACACAGAAAGCUUGGGAGGAUCUGUGGGAGCUCUUCGAAGUGUGCAGGUGGCUGAGUGCAAGGACAGACCAAUGGGACUUGCUAUUCGCUACGACCCUGAGGAGGAUGCUGCCGCCCAUGGAACGUCUGGCUUUACCACAGGAAUGGAGCGAUGUUGUCUUUGUCUCAUCCGACUCCACUCCACACAUGUUGGGUGCCAUUGAUUGGAAGAAUGGUCAGGUUUUUCGUGAGAAGUUUUCCUCCUUGAAGCCGUGGAUCGAGAAGGUGCUCACCGAUGUGGAGACCCAGUCAGAGGAGGACGAGGUCGUCAUCCAUUUGGGCGAGAUGUUGUCCUUUGUGGCAUUUGCGUGUGCAAUGGGCCCAGCGUGGAAAGGACGUGUGGUCAUUUACGCGGGGGACAAUGUGAUCGUCAAACACUGGUUGAAUACCCGACGUAGCCGGGUGAGAGGCGGACGCAUUUUGGUCCGGGUGGUGAACAUGAUCGAAAUGCGGUGGGGUUGUCAAAUCCUGUCUGGCUGGUGGAGAACAUACCACAACGUGGACGCCGACUUCAUCACUCGUUGCACGGAUGAGGAGUACGAGAAGUACAAACAGGAGCGAGGGUGGAGCGAGGUCAGCGUGAAGGACCAGGUGCAUCAGGCGCUCAAGGACACCGAGCUCUUCGGCCCGUGUUUCUUAUACGGAACCGACGACCAGGACAGAAGGCUGUUGAUGCAACUUCGUGAACGGCGAGUACAGAGGCAGCUUCAGAAGGAGAUUGGAGUGGAUUGGCCACUGAUCAGAGUGAUGGAAUGGUCGGCAGCUGGUAGAAGAGUGAAGGAUUUUGAAGAGGUUGCAGGACACCUUGGCGCCCAAAUCGACGGUCAGGCAGAAGGAGGCCCUUUGAUCCUAUGUGCUACGCUUGGUGUGGACAGCCAAGGCCGCCAGCUUUGCAAGGUGAUGGACACAGCGAAUGAAGUCAAAGCCUGGAUUGCAGUCGUGGAGGGACCCAGAGCGGUUGCCUGGGAGCUCGGAGAACGAAAGUGCAAACUACGAGGCUGGAACUAUGCGAUUGUGGAGUUCGUGACCACGGAAUUCGGCGAGGCUAUGGCGAGGAGACGCCGUUGCAUGUUUAUCAGUACAGAAGGCAUUUUGCCGGAAGGAUGGGAUGAGAGUUUGGUGAAAGUGGGCGCCCCAGUGCCUGUCCAGACGCUGUUGAAAUCCAAGCCGUGGGAGGACAUGGUUUGGAGAAGACCUGUACGGCUUGAGUUGGAAAGCGGAAUCCCUCGAGACCGAAUGCUUCCCAACCCAGUGGGCCACUUCUUCAUGGAAGACGCUGAGCGGCUCACUUGUCACGGAGUUGAUGGACCAGCACCGUGGCCAAAGAUUGAUGAGGUCACCAAUCGGGCAAAGGAAAUUUUGAUGUUCGACAGGAAGGGACCGCCAGGACACAUGCGAGAACUCACUGUGGAGGAGAUAUGGGUCCUUCAAGGACGCAGUUUGGUCGACCUCAAGAAGCACAAGGAUGCAUCUUACAUGGUCGCAGAAGGCUGCAGGGCUACGGGUACCAGAACGGCAUCGGCUCUGUUGCUGUGCGCCGGCCAGGUCGUGGAGAGCAAGCUUGGGGAAGCCGCAGCUCGGGCAGGUGGAUGCAGAGAGCAGGAGGGCCCGGAGGCGUUGGCCCAAAUUUUGGUUUGGCUGAGAAAAUGGAAGAGAGGAGAGUUUGGGAGGCAUGCUGGGGGACGAAUCGACAGCUUUGAGGACCGUGUGGUUUACAGAUGGGCCGAAUCAUGGUGGUUAUCUAUGCUUGAGGAGUCAGAGGAUGAGGCAGAAGUUUGGAGAGCAGGAGGCAGAAGGAAGAAAUCUGACCCUUCUGAAGUUGCAGAGAAGGUCUCGAAGCAGUUCGUCACAGCACUGGGUCUCCAAGUUCGACCCUUCCAUGGAGAAGUCAAGGAGAGGAUCGAUGAAUGGCUGGAGGAAAAUAUGUGUGGCGACAAGGCGCCGGCAACUGAGAAGGCGUAUGCCAACGCCUGGGCAAAGUGGCAAGCUUGGGCCCGACGCCAAGGAUGGCUGUCAGAAUAUCUGGACAGAAACCAAGAUGUGGUUGAGCGUGAAAACCGUUUGCUUGGUUACGUUGGAUACCUUGGCUGGUUGGGUGCCUCGGCGAACACCAUCAGGCAGAGCCUUUUUGCUAUCAAGACAGCUCACAAGAGGGUGGGCGCAGGAGACAUCACAGAAGGCAUGCACCGAAUCUGGAUCUUGCUGGGCGGCUUGGACAGGAGGUCAACGACCAGAAGGCCAAGGAGACUGGGCGUUACGCAAGAGAUGUUGGAGUGGCUCGGUGAGGAGCUUGUCGGGGCCUUUGGAGGAGAAAGGUCCGGCCCAACCUAUGCGGACUCAGUCAUGGUUUUCACGGCCCUGUCGACAGCUUGGUUUUUUAUGUUGAGAGCGAAGGAGUUCGGAGAAUCGAAUGGAGUGGACAUGGAAAUGGUGGUUCGAGGACAGGACUUCCGCUUCUCCAAGAAUGGCCGACCAGCAGCAGAGGAGGCGGAAGAAGUGACACUCACCUUUCGCAAGACGAAGGUCGACCAGCUGGCUUUCGGUGAUGCAAAAACUUUGAAGUCAACAGGGAGAAGGUAUUUGUGCCCAGUGGAGGCGUUGGUGCGGAUGAGAAAGAUCUGGCCCAAUCGAUUCCAGAAAGGGCAUGGUGAGAGCUGCCUUCCGCUCUUCAGGUGGGCGUCAGGAUCAGUGCUGAAAAGGCUGGAAGUUCAGCACCUACUUCAGAAGGCUGCAGAGGGAGUAGGCCUACAAGGUGACAGAUAUAUGGCGCACAGCUUGAGGAUUGGAGGAGCAACAGCUUUGUACCAAGCCACAGGAGACAUUGAGCUCGUCAAGCGCAUUGGAAGGUGGACGUCGUCAGCAGUCCACAGGUACCUGGAGGAUGGAGGUACCAUUUCCAAUGCGUCCAGAAAGAUGGCUGAUGUUCGCCUGAAAAACAUUUGA